AUGCAGGGCACUUUGUCCGUUUGGCUAGCCAAACGCGGGCUGGUUCAUAGAUCGUUGGGCUUCGAUUACCAAGGAAUAGAGACUUUACAAAUAAAGCCCGAAGAUUGGCAUUCUAUUGCUGUAAUUUUAUAUGUAUAUGGUUACAAUUAUUUACGUUCCCAAUGUGCCUAUGAUGUGGCACCAGGUGGCCUCUUAGCCAGUGUGUAUCAUCUUACGAGAAUAGAAUAUGGUGUCAAUCAAGCGGAAGAAGUUUGCAUAAAAGUAUUUACUCACAGGAGUAAUCCCAGAAUUCCAUCUGUUUUCUGGGUUUGGAAAAGUACGGAUUUUCAAGAACGGGAAUCUUAUGAUAUGUUAGGAAUCACUUAUGAUAGCCAUCCGCGGCUGAAACGGAUCUUAAUGCCCGAAAGUUGGAUAGGGUGGCCUUUACGUAAGGAUUAUAUUGCCCCCAAUUUUUAUGAAAUACAAGAUGCUUAUUGA